UCCCGACACAGCGGUGAGCCGCCCGGGCCUCAGUUUCCCCACGUCUAAAGAAGGGGAACCAUGCCUCCCUGUUUCUCGUUCCUCUUCAAGCAGAUCAGCAGUUCGCUUGCUUCCCUGCGCAGCGCGCGCCGAGGCUUCGCGCUCCGACCGCUCCGACCGCUCCGCGUCUCCGGGCGCCCUUCGGGUUCCCGGCCCGCGGUCCCCUGCCGCCCGCUGGCCGCAGCCGCCUCCUCGAGGGACCCCGCCGGGCCCACCUGCGCCCCCUCCCGGGUGCGGCAGAACUUCCACCCCGACUCCGAGGCCGCCAUCAACCGCCAGAUUAACCUGGAGCUCUAUGCGUCCUAUGUGUACUUGUCUAUGGCCUAUUACUUCUCCCGAGAUGACGUGGCCCUGAACAACUUCGCCACAUAUUUCCUUCGCCAGUCGCGGGAGGAGACCGAGCACGCCGAAAAGCUGAUGAGGCUGCAGAACCAGCGGGGAGGCCGGCUCUGCCUGCAGGACAUCAAGAAACCUGACCGCGACGACUGGGAGAGUGGGCUUCGUGCCAUGGAGUGUGCGCUGCUCUUGGAAAAGAGUGUGAACCAGUCGUUGCUCGAAUUGCACGCUCUGGCCUCAGACAAAGGAGACCCCCAUUUGUGCGACUUCCUGGAAACUCACUAUCUGAAUGAACAGGUGAAAUCUAUCAAAGAACUAGGUGACCACGUGCAAAACUUGGUUAAGAUGGGGGCCCCGGCUUCUGGCCUGGCAGAGUACCUCUUUGACAAGCACACCCUUGGAAAUGAAAACAAUCACAACUAGCCACAGGCUGCCUUCCUCACUGCCCAGGGUGUGCCAGGACCCAGAGCCCGCUGACUUCUGCUUUCUUGCCCUUAAAAUGCAUCUCCACCUUUAUGGCCUGCUAAACUGUCCCAAUCAAGUGACUUGGAGAGAAAAAUGUAUUUAGUCUCCAGUUAACAAUGGCUUGGCUUUUUUUGGUCGAACAUUAAGAUAAUUUUUCCAGCUUGCAAAGUAGCCCAGGAUAUUAUGGUCUAAAAAAGAUGAGAACAGCUACUGAAAAGUAGAUGCAAAUUUUCUCCAGUUACCAAAUAUUAUUCCAGACCAUGGGCCUUCACUAAAAUUCUGUGAUUUUUCAACUGGACAAGUGCCCAUUAUUUUCAAGACCUUAUGCUAAAGGCUAAAAGUGGGAAGAUGUGUGAGAUAAGUAUACAAAUACUAUAACAAUUGAAGAAUACAUAUAGUACUGUAAAGAACUGUGAAAAUCAUACCUUCAAAAUUCUAUGACAACUUUUACCCUUUCCCAGUAUAUUUUCCAAGAAAAAAUAAUGUCUGGAGAUUAUCUGUUUCUAAAGGAUUUUGUGAUCAGAUAAAUUCAAGAAAAGCUACACAGUGUCGAUGCUGGCCUUAGGAAGUCACAAAGUAUAUGAACAUUUUAAGGGCUCUGGGAAGUCUUGGAAUUAAAAACAUCUUGGAUUAUU